GACUAAUUUCCCCGAAUUGCCCCGUGUUUCUCUGCCCUUAGGGCAAAGACACACAGAGCUACAAGCAGCAGUUACUUGUCAUGGCUACACAAUAGGCAAUAGUAAUAAGUGGCUUUGCUAAGAGGCAAUUCUCAGUGUUGUGUAUGGCAGGGUAUUUAGUAGCCACAACAAGUAGCAGCUACUAGUAGCUCUGGCAACUUUGUGUGACUUUGCGAUAUAUUGGUUUUACUACCAGCGAUUGUUCAGUUGUUUCCAAUGGAGACAAAUUUUUCUGGAGAUUUGUUGCUCGCAGUCGUGCAUAAUUAAUUACGGAUGACAAAUCUCUCCGUUGGGCACUGCCCUUAGAAUAGCAAUGGUUAUUCACUCCCAUUGCUUCAUUUUAUGAGAAGACAAAAGGUUGUUUUUUCCCCCUAAAAUGAAAUGGAGUCUUCAAUAAAAGGCAAGGCACACUUUUCUUGCACCUUAUAUUGUGUGGUCUAUAUAAUUAACUAAUGGAGUUGCUUUACAGAGAUGCCAGUAUAGAGAUAAGUGAGUAAAUAAUGCUUUCCAGGGAAGUUAAUAAAGAUUAACAAUCCCAGCUCCACAUCAGUGCGCAGAAGCAAAGCAACCUCUGCACUCUCCUCUCUUCCUCUGUGCUGUGCUUUUGUCCCUAUGUACUCGUGCCAAAAUGUGCGAAUUCCAGGAAGUGUUGUCAGCGGGAGGACGAGCCCCGGGAAACCAUAAUGGGAUUCUGUUACUCAGCUAAGCAACAAACUCUGCCUCUACCCAUAAACUAGUUGUGCUCUCUUGAUACUGAAAAGGGUUUAUUCCUUUUUUUAUUAAUUUAAAGCGAACUAAAGUCUUUUUUUAAAGCCUUGGCAAGCUCCAGAGGUUGGCGUGAUUGUCAUGAAAAUAAGCCAAGGCUGUGGGCACAUAGGCUGUUGUUAGUGGCUGUUGUCAGCAUGCAUAUUUUUGCAGGCUGAGAGAAGCAGCUCUGCUCAGUGCUCCUGAUCCGUUGAUUUGAAUCAAAUCAGCCUGUGUGCAGUCAUAAACAUCAGAGCUGAAGCUGAUGGUCAGUAUUUGGGUUGACCUCAGCCUGUGGGUGACGACACAGGCUGAUUGAAUUCCAAUCAAUGGAGUAGGUGCGCUGAUCAGAUCUGCUUCUCUCUGCCUGCAAAAAUAUGCAUGCUGACAACAGCUGCAUAAUUUACUUUAUUUUGUGAAGACUAAAUGAUAACACAGAAUCAACAAAUUCUUCUGUGGAAUUAAACUAAUAUAUAGACACUUCUGAAGUCCCACAAAAAAAAGUAUAUUCAUAGUCCAAAGUACCGGUAAAUGAUUGGCAAAGAGUAAAGGUGGCCAUAGACGCACCAAUAUUAUCGUUCGAAACGACGUUUCGUCCGAUAUUCGGAACGUGUAUGUUGAACGACCGAUCGUUCCGCGAUCUGUCGUACAACACAUAUCGAUCGUUUAGUCGAUCGGAUAGGUUGGAAAAUUUUGGUCGGUUUCCCGCAAUUGUCCGACAGUAUCUGAACGUGUUUGGUAAAUUGUUCGACAAUCACCAUGGUGAUUGCUGUCAUGAUGGGGGAAUUUUUUUCCGUUCGUAUGUAUACGAAAGUUCGUAUAUCAUAAAAACCUAGAUAGACAGUACUGUAGAAUGGUAUGGUUACUAUUAUUUUAGUUCAAUUUAAUAUAAAUGUUCUAGACUACUAGAAAUUUAACCUAAUAGACUGUUUUUGUUUAUUAUUUCCAUAGGUAUGUAUACUGUAUAGUAUCCCUUUUGUGAAAAAAAUUUGACAAGUGAAGAUUGUGAUAAUUUUUUUUAUUUUUGAACCAAAAAUAUUUUCCACGCCUAGGUAAUCAUCUAGGCAAUAAUAACAUAAGAUUUUUAUAAGACAGACAGCUAUAACAUUACAUUUGCCAUAACUAUGACAUCAGUGUUUUUUAAGCACACAUGCAUCAUAAUAAAGAAAUCUAAAACUUCAGGCAAAUAUGCCCAAAAAAAGUAUUUUUAAAUUCAAGGUUUCACCAGACACGAUACAAAAUUGUGUAGUUUUUUAUUAAUCAAGUUUAAUCUGCACUACGCUCCUCUCGGCAUCUGUUUCUCAAACCAAUAUAUAGGGGGGGGGUUCCUUUUGCCUGGAAGAUGUCAUGCCUCUCUACAUGCAGGGUUUGUGCAAAAGGCAGUUAUUAGAAAUUUGGUUUGAACUGGAACCAAGAGUGAGCUAAUACCUCUGCUAGGAAAGGAGUCCCUAUAUAUUGGAUCAUUCACUUGACAUCCAACUGCUGCAUGAAGUCAGAAUGGAGAGAAACAGAUACUGAGAGAGGGAUAGUGAAGAUAAACUGGAUAUAAAACCGUACAGGAUUUUCAAAAACAGAAAUAUAAAACUUCAGGCAAAUAUGCCCAAAAAAAGUAUUUUUAAAUUCAAGGUUUCACCAGACACGAUACAAAAUUGUGUAGUUUUUUAUUAAUCAUGUUUAAUCUGCACUACGCUCCUCUCGGCAUCUGUUUCUCAAACCAAUAUAUAGGGGGGGGGGGUUCCUUUUGCCUGGAAGAUGUCAUGCCUCUCUACAUGCAGGGUUUGUGCAAAAGGCAGUUAUUAGAAAUUUGGUUUGAACUGGAACCAAGAGUGAGCUAAUACCUCUGCUAGGAAAGGAGUCCCUAUAUAUUGGAUCAUUCACUUGACAUCCAACUGCUGCAUGAAGUCAGAAUGGAGAGAAACAGAUACUGAGAGAGGGAUAGUGAAGAUAAACUGGAUAUAAAACCGUACAGGAUUUUCAAAAACAGAAAUAUAAAACUUCAGGCAAAUAUGCCAAAACUUUGACUUUUACGUAUUUGUAAAACUUUUUAACAUUUAAAUUUCCUGAAGCACCGAAUGAAGGUUUUCUUCCAAAGACAAAACUGCCUCCUUAAGUAAUUGCAACUGUGCAAUGCAUUUUUUAAUUGCUUUGUAGGCUCCAGCUUUGUAGUCUCCUGGAAAAUCUUUGGUUUCAAAUGAUGCUGGGCUUCUGGGUAUUUCCGAAUCUGCAAUAUUAAUUAAAAGUGAGCAGAAUAUUUUAUAGCAAGUGUGGUUAUCACAUGCAUGUGCAACUAUACCUGUUAAAACUAUUGUAUCUUGUGAGGAACUGUGCGGCACUUCUUCUGUUUCAUCAUCCACCGUUUCAGGGCUGUUUUGAUGUGGCUGAGAUGAUGGUGGCCGUUUGUCACUGCUUUCUGUGGCAUUUUUAGCUUCAUCAUGAUGGUGCUGUGACUGAGAUGAUGGUUGACAUUCAUCACUGGUUUCACUGACAUCUUUAUGAUGUUGGUCCUUUGGGGUAGGUGUGUACUGCUUUUUGAUCAUUAGUUUCCUUCUUUGUUGUCCUAGGAAGGAAGAACAUAGGUUAAUAAGCGAGUAUUCGAACGAACGAACGUUCGUUAUAACGCCACAGCACAAUAAUCACAAUUACAUGACAAAAAGUUACCCAAACUCACUUUUUUUGAUGGUCCUCGUAAUACUUUUUAGCUGAUCUCUUUCUCUCAGUUUAAGAUCUGACCAUCUCUUCCUCAAUUGAUCCUUGGAACGAGUCACUCCAAAUUUCAAGUGAAGAGCUUCAAGUACUUCAUUUAAAAUAUUAUCUUUCCUUGUAUUGGGCCGACUGUAGUGAGUUUUUUUACAGUCAUAAUCCUUUCGUUGGAAAUAUUGUACCAUGCAAAUCAUCUCUGCACGAGACAUAGGACUUGCCCUUCUUUUAUCCAAGGUCUCCUGUUCUUGCCUGGCUUCACCUUUUAUUUGGGAUUGCCUGGAGAGUGUGGUGCCCAUGUCCACUUUGGAACUUGCAGAUGCUCCUUGCUUUUGUUUUUUGGAUUGCCUGCAGAGUGGAUUGCCCAUGUCCUCAGACACAGCCUUCGCAGCACUACCUCCUUCAGUGUUCAUCUCCAUUCUGAGUAGCGAGUACAGUGACGCAGCAAACAGGAAGUGACAUAACCGGAAGUACUGGAACGAAGAAACGUAUUACGAACGAACGUUUUGUUUUUGGCUCACGCUACGCAGUUACAUUUUCUGAUUGGUCAGGGCACUUUGAACAAACAAAACGUAACGACACAGCUGUUCCGUGAUUUGUCGCUCUUGAAUGAACGUACGAACGAACGUUCACACACGCUGUAGCAGUGGCGUGGUCUCGCGAGACAAACGAACAAAAGGCUCUGCUUGUAGCCAGCAGAUUCAAACGAACGUUCGUUGGCGCACUGUGCUGGAUGAUUUGCAGUUGGCGCUAUUUCAUACAAAGGUACAAUGGCAGAGAAAUUUCUCAACCCUGAAUUUCUGAAGGAAUUUAUUGAUAUGUACCAUUCAUUGCCAUGCUUAUGGAAAGUGAAAUCACAGGACUAUUCCAAUCGUCACAAAAGAAAUGAGGCAUAUGCAAAGCUUAAUGAAUUAUGUAAAAGAAUUAAUCCGGCAUCCAAUGUUGAUUUCAUAAAAAACAAAAUUUCCAAUCUCAGGACUGUAUUUAAAAAAGAAUAUAACAAAGUACAGUCAUCUAAAAAGUCUGGGGCCUCUGCUGACGAUGUUUAUGUUCCUCGGCUGUGGUACUAUGACCUCCUGACAUUUACUAUUGACCAGGAGGUAUCCAGAAACUCACUUUCGAGCUAUGAAACAAAUGAGCAACUCCAAAGCCAAAAUGAUACCAUAUCAGAAUUCACACAAGCAACAGCAUCAUCCAUAAAUGAAAGUACUCAAAAUAAUACUGUAAACAAUGAAGUUCAACCCUCUACCCCACGCUCUGAAGUUCAACUCUCUACCCCACGCUCUGAAGUUCAACUCUCUACCCCACGCUCACAAAGUAAUGCAAACAAAAAUCGAAAACGAAAACAAAGGAUUGAUGAUUUCAGCAAUCAAAUUUUAACAGAUGCUGAAGCACUCCUUCACAAGCCUGGGGAUGAGUUUGAAGCAUUUUCUUACACAGUAGCAUCCAAACUAAGAAGAAUGGAUGAAGAUCAAAGGCUUAUUUCUGAAUUAUUAAUAUCGGACAUUCUAGCAAAAGGUCUCCAAAGAAAACACCAUCCUGUUUCACUUAACCCACAGCCAUCGUCAUCUACUUACUGGCCACCCUGCCCACCGUUCCCUAAUGGUACCCCUCAAAUUAACAACCCACGUACAUCUACCCCUUCAUCUAUCCUUGACUCACAACUGGAAGCCAGUUUUCAUACAAUGGGGGGGUCAAGCGAUAGUGUAUAUACCACUUUGUAAAUACCCAUUUAAAUUGCUAAAGUUACAUUUUCCUUAUAUUUGCACUUGGAUUUUUAGUUUAUUAUUAUUAUUACAUUGUUGUUGUUAAAUUAUUGUAUUGUUUAUAUUACUAUAUUUAUUUGGUUUCACAAUGGGGGGAGGCAAGUGAGAUAUAUAUAUAUAUAUACCACUUUGUAAAAAAUAUUUUUGAAAAAAAUGAAUGCCCAUUGUAAUUGCUGAAGUUAUUUGUUUUA